AUGCCUGAAACCAGUCAAUCUUCUGCCGGAAAUUCUGAUUGGAAUGUACACAUACCAUACCAUUCAAUCGAGACCAUUUCAAAUGAGAAAAGGAUUGAAAUCUUUAAAAACGAAAAUCUUUUGAAUGUUUGUGAUUGGGUAGUCACUGAAAAAAUCCAUGGCAGUAAUUUCUCCUUCCAAACUGAUGGAAAGCAAAUAAAAUGCGCCAGUAGAUCCAGAACGCUAAAGGAAACCGAAGAGUUCUUUGGAUUCCAAAAUGCGUUGAAAAAAUACCGAGAAAAUUUGCUAAAUUUAUGGGAAAUUAUAAAUUCUCGAGAAUUGAUUCGAACUAGUCAGAACGAAAAGGUAAUUAUAGUAUAUGGAGAGCUAUUUGGUGGAAAAUAUUCUCAUCCAGACGUAAAGCCGGUACCAGGCUCGAAGAUAGUUCAAUUUGGAAUCGAGUAUUGUCCGCAAAACGAAUUCAUGGCCUUUGACAUUUUCGAUGGGAGUGAUUAUUUGGAAUACGAUACGAUGGUUGAAGUACUGGAAGAAUCGGGAUUACCAUAUCUUAAACCUCUGUUUCGAGGUACCUUCAAUGAUGCUUAUAAUUAUGAUCCAGAGUUUACCACCACCAUUCCUACAAUUUUAGGUUUACCUCAAUUGCCAUACCCAAACAAAGCAGAAGGCGUGAUCUUGAAACCUGUGAAAACUCUUCGAACGAAAGCUAACGUUCGUCAAACACGCGUCGUAUUUAAAAUUAAGACUCCCGAUUUCGUAGAACGCGUGAGAUCAAGCAAGCGUCAAAAUGCAAAAUUAAAUCAAAGGAUUUCACGCGAGUCAAUAGAUAGUUUGAUUGAGGAAUUUGAUUGCUUUGUCAAUUCCAAUAGAUUUGCCAACGUUAUUUCAAAGUAUGGCCCAAUCGUUAAGAGGGGUGAUGAUGAUGAUGAAAUUGAAAAGGGUGUCCAGUUUGUCGAAGAAAAGGAGCUGCAGAAAAUCGCCGAAUUAUUAUUUAACGAUGCAAUGGAGGAUUUCAAGAAGGAUGAAGAAUUGAUGCGUAGGUAUGAAGAAUUACCUGAGAGGCAAAAAAAUAUUAUCAAAAAGAGAGGGAAAGCCGUGGCUUAUAAGGUUUCAAAGGAAUACGUGUUAAACGUCUAUAAAGUCAAUAUUAAGCCCUACUUGUUUUUUGAAGAUGAUGGAUUCUCGUUAGUUUAA